AUGGAAACCUAUCUCCAGUACCGUCGGAUAGGGCUCACGAUCCAGAAGCAACUCGAGGCCUCUAACGCCGAAUCUGCACGCGCAUUACCAUGCCUGUCCCGUCAGAAGACCAGAGUUGUCAAUGGACAGCCAGUCCUCAUCGUCGAAUGGGACGGACCAGACGACCCAAUGAAUCCCCGAAAUUGGUCUCUUUUUCGCCGCGUCUAUGCCACGCUUAUCAUCUCCUCGAUCGCGUUCAUGGUCGGUGCUGCGGCCCCCAUUGAUGCAGCCGUUCUACCUCAAGCCGCGAGAGACCUUGGUGUCAGUGAAGUCACCGAGACACUGGCCGUUGGCAUGUUCCUGAUCGGUUUCGGUGCCGGAGCACUUAUCUGUGGCCCGUUCUCCGAAGUACUGGGCAGGAGUGGCACAUACAUGGUCUCCCUGAUUUUUAUGUGUAUUUGGCUAAUGGCGUCGGCCCUGGCACCGAACAUCGGCGCCCAAAUCGUCUUUCGAUUCCUGGCUGGCUUCAGCGGUGCCUCUCCUCUCGUCUGCGCAGGAGGGUCGGUGUCGGAUAUGUUUACACCCAUUGAGAAGACGUACAUGUUCCCGAUCUUCGCCUUCGGAGGGUUUCUCGGACCACCACUUGGCCCCAUAAUGGCCGCCUACGUACCGACGUCGCCCUACCUUCAUACCUGGAGAUGGGCAGAGUGGAUAGCGUUGUUUACCGCCGCGGUCGUCCUGCUUUUGGCGUUCUUCUUCCAGCCAGAGACGUUUCCACCGCUGCUGUUGAGUUGGAAGGCCAGGCACCUGCGCAGGAUCACCGGGGACAAGCGAUACUAUGCCGAACACGAAAUCGAGCGCAUUCCUCUCUCGACGCGGCUCAGGGUUGCCCUGCCGAGACCGUUCAUUAUGGCCUUUACCGAGCCGGUUAUCUUCUUGAUCACCUUGUACAUGUCGGUUCUGUACAUCAUCCUCUUCACUUUUUUUGACGGAUACGAUUUCAUCUUUCGACAGACGUAUGGCGUUUCUCAGGCUAUAUCGAACAUUAUCUUUAUCGGAAUCGCUGUCGGCGUAUGCUUCGGUGGAGUCUGGCUGCCUUGGAUGUACAGGCUGACUGUCCGAGCUCAGCAGACGGCCGAAGCGCACGGCCAAAAGCAAUUCGAUCCUGAAAUCCGAUUGUGGUUCGCCAUGCUGGGUGGCGCUCCCGCGAUACCCAUCUCGUUAUUGUGGAUGGGUUGGACGGCAUACCCGAGCGUCUCGAUCUGGUCCCCGAUCAUCGCUUCGGUCCUUUUCGGCUACGGCACGAUCAUGAUUUUCAUCAGUUGUUACAUGUACAUUAUCGACAGUUAUGAAAUGUACGCGGCGAGUGCGCUGACCUUCGCCACGUUGGCACGAUAUAUCAUUGCCGGCGGCAUGACGGUCGCGGGCGUUCCUUUCUACAAGGACAUGGGUGUGCAUUGGACACUGACCAUUCUGGCGGCUCUGAGUGCCUUGCUGGCUCCGCUGCCAUACGUGUUUUACAAGUACGGGUAUAUAAUUCGGAGCAAGAGUCGGUUUGCCGUGAAUCGCGCGGCAGAGGAAGAUGAGAUCGUGGUGCCUGUCCAGAACGAGUCUUCUGGUUCGUCCUCCAUGACCAUCACGCCGGAGAUGAACAAGGAACUGGGCGGACAGACCGGCAACGACUGA